GAAAAGAUCUAGAUAUAGAAUUUUUUUUAACGAUAAUAUCAAUCACUAAACAACUUAAAAAAAAAACGUUGUAGAAUGUAGACUCUAGAUCUAUAGCAUAUGAAAUUUUGGAUUCUAGAUCUAUUAUAAAUAGAUUUAUUAGUUUAAUAUUAGAUCUAGAACCAUCUAGCCUAGAGAUUGUAAUUUUUUAUAAGCGGCGAAACAAACAUGAUUGAACAAGAGUAAGUUUGUUUACAAAUACAGAUCGUCUCCGUGUCAUUCGUGACUUGUCUUAGGGUCGAAAUUUAUUAGUUAGAAACGAUUCAUGAUCGUAAAGACAAUGUAAUCGAUUGAAAAUUGUGAUAAAUUUCUUUAAUAACCGUAGAUAUCGAAAAUUCGACUCCCAUCUAGUCUAGGGUUAGGACUCUUGUUAUUGUUUUUUAUCAUCGUCAUCAUAUCAUGUCUUACAACAGACCAAUACAGGUCUUUACAGAGCUGAAUAAUAAAGAUCCUUUACGCAUUGGAGUUGGUAAAGCAGAAACAUUCAAAAUCAAUGAGAUUUCGGAACCUAAUAUAUCUAGUGCAAAUUAUUUUGAUAGGCAAAUAAACGUCACUGGCAUAGGCGAAUUAACCUUACCACCAGAUAGAUUUUCAAUAACAAUCAAAUGCAAAUCAUGCAAAGACAAUGUGCAGGAUGCCAAAAACAGUAUAACUAGACGUGUUGAUUAUAUUGUUCAAGCCCUGAAAAACAGCUCAUUGAAACCUGAAGACUAUAGGAUUUUUCAACACACAAGUCAUUUAGAUGGAAUGGCUACUGUUGAUUCAGAAGUGGAAGCUCAUUUCACUGAUAUUGGCAAAUGUCAAAAUGUAUCCAACCUCCUAGCAGAAAAGCUUGGACCAUCUGUCAGCAUCACCUUACCUCAUUGCUACCAUAGCCGAGGCAGCUUGGAUAAACUGAGGAAGCAGACUGGGAUGCUUGCCAUUCACAAUGCCAGACAGAAAGCUUUAGAAAUGGCCAGAGUCCUCCAUCACAGUGUUGGAUCAGCAUUGCAGGUUCAUGAGCUAGAAUCUCAAGAAACUCAAGGCACCGCAAGAGAUGCUGAGGAUGAAAGUGACCUCAGUACCAGCAUACAACAGAAAAUAGCAGACGCCACCGUGGUUCUAAAAAGCAAAGUGUCUGUCUGUUUUCAACUGGCCACUGCAAAACCCAAAAAUAACUAAUGGUGCAUAAAGAUUAUUUUGAACGUAGAUCUGUUAGUUUUGCAAUUUAAAACUUCUUUUUAGUUAAACAUCAAAUAAUGUAAUAUAUAUAAGAUUGUUAUGAACUCUAGAAAACUAAAAAUUAAUAUUCAUCUGUAUAAUGUAUGUUUUGAUGAUGUUACAGUAGUAUUUAUAAUUCUGUGCCCUUCUCACCUCAAUGUGUAUAAGAUACACUUUUAAAUCUCUAUUAAUGCUUAAAGUAGAUUAGAUUAGAUGCUUUAAUGGGUAAUCACUGUUGUGAUAAUGUACAGUUUUUUUAAAUUUAAGGACAACUUAAAGUACAAUAGUUCUAGUAGUGGUAGUUUCUUGUAUAUACCUACCUGUACAUAUUUAUUUUUAAUUAUGUAAAGCAGUCAUACCAUUAUUAUAAAAAAAUGAAUCUAUUUUGAAUAAACUGCUAUCAGACGCUGAAAAAAUU